UUUUUCAGCUCCCCAGACUGGAGCCUGCAUAUGCAUAUUAUCUGCAUGCUUCUUUAACAAACCAUGUGUUUGUCAGGCUUCAAGAGUGUCAUCUGAAAGUGUUGGAGCACUAUUCUAUUCCCCCUUUUUCGCUUUGUUUCCUUCUUCCCCUUCAGAUCCUGAAUGUCAGCUUCUUUCAGACUCUUGUGCUUGUUUUCCCCAUCAAACAUAAAUCUCUCAGGGCCACAUAUACUAGAGUAAAACAACUUUAAUUUUAUAGAUUAUUCUUUUCCUUUGUAGUUCUUGUUUGAAUACUUAAUACAACAUAGUGAAGCAUAGAAAUAAUGCUGAGUUUGGGGGGUGGGUUUUUUUAUACUAACCCUGCAACUAACAGAUGAAUUGCUGAUUAUUUGGUCAAACACUGUUUUCAUUCUUAUUUUUGUGCUGCUUUUGUAGGAUGCCCAAUAACUAAAAAGAAGCCAGCUCAGUUGAAUUUCAGAUGUGGCAAUGGCAUCUACUAUAAUCAAUUCAGUUCCUACCACUGCAUCUCGUUUUGCUUUACUGCAAGUCGAAAGUGAUACUGAUUCAGAGCAUGGAAAAGGAAGAAGUGGCCGACUUGUCAGUAAAUUUCAGGCUCAUGGGGGAAGAUCACCUACAAAUGAGAAAAAAAAAAAGAAAAGGAAUAAAAAGAAAGAACAGCAGCAAAGUGAGGCCAAUGAGCUCAGAAACCUUGCUUUUAAAAAGAUUCCUCAGAAGUCCUCACAUGGACGUUGUCUGUCUCAGCAUGAACAAAAACUGCACGCUGCAAUGGAGAAGGACUCUCAAGAGGAAAAUUGGCAAGCGUGGAGACAAAAGGAUGAGCAGAUGACUUCUGAAAUGUUUGAAGCUGAUCUUGAAAAAGCACUGCUGUUAAGCAAACUGGAAUAUGAAGAGCACAAAAAGGAAUAUGAAAGUGUUGAUAAUACUUCACCUCGGCCCAAGUCUGUGAACAAGAAAAAGAACCAAGGAAAAGACAAACCUCUCACUGUGUCUCUGAAAGACUUUCAGUCAGACAGUAGUACAGAUAACCUUGCUAAAAAAACCAAUGAUCUGAGCUCUACCCAGCCUUCAGUGCAUGAUGGAAGAUUUUUCAACAGGCUGGAAAAUGAUGUUCACAGAAUACUUGAAGGAGAGAGAAGGAGAAUCCAGCUCACUGAUUACAGUGACACAGAUAACUGCACAUCUCAUGAACAUAACCAGGAGAGCAUUUUGAAAGAUGGAAAAACAGAACAACUAAAGCUUGAGCUUGAAAAGAAAGAUGCAGAAAUUGAGCAACUGAAAAAGACAGUAACUCAGUGGGAGGCAAAGUAUAAAGAAGUAAAAACAAGAAAUGCACAGCUUCUGAAGAUGAUGCAAGAAGGUGAAAUGAAAGACAAAGCUGAAAUACUCCUACAAGCUGAUGAAUCCCAAACUAUAAAAAAUGAAUUGACUGUACAGGUAACUAUGCUUCACGCAGCAUUAGAGCAAGAAAGAUCCAAAGUGAAACAACUGCAAGCAGAGUUAACAAAAUACCAGAGUGGUAAAAAAGAGAAAAGGCCCUUAAAAUGUGACCAGUGCAGGUGAUCUCCUCUGCCACCAGAUUCAAAGGAA